ACUUUCCUCUUCUCCUUCCCCUCAGAUACGGUGACAUGGUUCCUCACACGCCCACGGGUAAGAUAGUGGGCGGCGUGUGUUCGCUGUCCGGCGUGCUUGUGAUCGCCCUGCCUGUGCCUGUCAUCGUGUCCAACUUCUCGAGGAUCUACCACCAGAACCAGCGAGCGGACAAGAGAAAAGCACAGAAGAAGGCACGUCUAGCCCGCAUCAGGAUCGCCAAGGCGUCUUCCGGCGCGGCGUUCGUCACCAAGAAGAAGGCGGCUGAGGCGCGGCUGGCGGCCCAGGAGAGCGGCCUCGAGAUGGACGAGUUCACCAAAGAGGAGGACAUCUUUGAGAUGCAGCACCACCACCUCCUGCGCUGCCUCGAGAAGACAACGGACCGAGAGUUCGUGGAGCUGGAGGUGCCGUACAAUGGACAGCCCAACAGGCCGGGCAGCGCAUCGCCUCCCCAGAGUCGGAGCCCCUCGCUUUCCAGCCACACCAACUUCACCAUUACCUGCUGUGGCCGAAGGUUUGGGGGAAAGUCAUACCAGGGCUGCUCAUACCUGCUCCCCUUAAGAGUGUCCUUCCCCUGGCGUAAAGGCGGCGGCGCCGGCUCAGAACGCGGAUAUGACGAGGAACUGAAUGAAAUCCACGUCCGGGACACGACGCUGCUGAACACGACAGUGUCGGACAGAAGCGGGUGGGGGCUGCUAAACCAACCGGGUCUUCCUACUCACCCCCCCUCCAUUCCCACCGUCGCCACCUCGGGCAGCCCGGGCGCUGCUGCUCCCAGCGUGGUGGCGGUCAGCAAACCCAACUCUACAACCACCGUCACCACGGCCAUCGUCAACCUCCCUACGCCGUCACCCAACGGGGAAGGUGACCUCCCUGCCGGUUCCGUUGGGUCGUCCUCCCCCGCCAAUCAGGGCGUGCUGAGGAUAUCGUCUCUCUAAACACUGAUGCAUCAUAAAACUGUGGACACUCUGUGACAUGAGCGAUAUCCUGAACUCAAACAGUUUAGUGCCACGGCGGGGCAAGGCAGAGGGACUGACCGCUCGCUGCGGACCGGCAAUGCCAUUUCCGGACCAACAACAGCCUCUUGCGGCUCACUCUUGUAGUGGUGACAAAAUAACUUGAGCGUCGCGGCGGUCAGGGCCAAACAACCUACUCAAGGAAUGUAUCUAAUGGAAAUAAGAAACAUUGUGUUUUUUACCAUUCAUCCUCGAAUCUUUCAGGAAAAGGUGGGUCGUAGUCCACCAAACAUGUCACCACCGUCAGCCUAACGCGGCCCAGGGCCUGAGGGGUGCGUGGGUCAUGCCUCCAGGGGUACCUGAGUACACCUGGCACAGGGCAGGGCGACCAGCACCUGCCCGCUCCUCCCCGCCAGACGCGCUGCUUCUCUGCUCGCUUGCCGUUCCUAACCAGGGCCAGACGGCGCCCUAGUCCGCCCCGCCCCCAGGACCCUCCUCCACCGCGUUUAUUGUUAGCAAUUUGGUCUCGCUCUUCACCUGGCCUUCCACCUGGCCGGGCCGCGGACGGACCGGGGCGCCGCCGGCCACCUAGAGAAGGAGGGAUGAACAAGCCGCCGUAGGGUAGCAGUGUACAUAAUUUAGGGAAUCUAUGUAAUCUUCGGGUUUAUUGUGUACUUUUGCACUAUAUUUUAUUACUUUAAUUACUAUUGUAAUUUAUGAUAGUGUAUCUAGCGUCCUUGUUAUAUACUCCCAAGUCUAAUACAAUUUUUUGUUCGGGAUGUGUGGAAUUUUCAAAGAAAUUUUUUCGAAAAAAUAUUCAGUGAUAUUCAGAGUGUACCUAAAAAGAAAACGGUAGGAAUGAAACAGAUGAAAUUUAAACUAAUUGUUAAGUAAUUAUAAAUAUAUAUAUAUAUAUAUAUAUAUAUAUAUAUAUAUAUAUAUAUAUAUAUAUAUAUAUAUAUAUAUAUAUAUAUAUAUAUAUAUAUAUAUAUAUAUAGAUGUUUGACGAGUAUAUGAUGAACGUGUGCAUGAGGAACGUCCAGGAAUAUGUCCAGAAGAGUGGGUGGGUGUGUCUGGGUGAGAGGGAGAGCAUGUGUGGGGCCUGCCGCGCUGCGUGACGGGUGGUGGUCCGUGCUGCCGCGGCCGUAGAGAGUGUGGGCAACGAGGCUCAGGAAUCUGCCACGUGCUUGACCAGGGAGUCGUGUCGGGCGUGAGGACGGAAUGACUGUGGGAGUGUGUAUUGAGGGCAUGAGUGGUGUGGAGGGUUGGUGCAAGGUGGUGUGUGUGUGGACCUGUGAUGAAACGCAAGGCGGCGGAUGAGAUGGUGUGAGUGGAGUGAGGCGAAGGCGCGACCAAGAGCUGUAAUGAGAAUAUGAAGUGGAGGGAAAAAUGAGAUAGGUGAGAAGGUAGAUGAAGGUAAAAUGAAGCGAGAUAACAGGACAAAGAUAAUUACGAGUCAGAUUUAGUGUGAAAGGUGUCCCGGUGAUGUGGCCGUGAUGUGGCGAGGCUGUCUGAAGAGUGAGAGAGGAAAAGAGAAUGAGAGGAAGAAAGAGAGAGAAACGACAGAUAAAUAGGGCAUAGUAGGACACGAGGCAGAGCAGGCGCAGUGAAAUCCAGACUAAGGGGAGAUCCUAAAAUAAUAAUAAGAUAACAAAAAUAGCAACCACAAAAUCACCAACAUAGAAGAUAAUAAUGAUAACGAAAACAAUAACACUCCCAAAAAAAAAAGGAAAAUUCAGGUAAAAUUUUCUUCAGGUAAUACAAACAUAACUUAUCAUG